AAUACGUACUUCAUGUUUCUUAUGUAUGUUUUAGUAUGGUUGCUCAUAAGAUUUUCCUCAAAAUUGAUGUUGUAAAUCGUUAAGAAGCCUCAAAUUCGGUAUUGCUUUAAUCCGGGGAUCGUUUUUGUACAAAAAAGCGAAAAUUACGUGAAAAUUUACAGGUUAUCGUUAUACGUGUAUUCUAAUCAUGUCGAGGAAGAUGCUGAUCGAUGGGGAUGUGGGUGAGACUACUGAAGAGACACACUAUGAUUUUGAUUUGUUUGUAAUUGGUGCUGGUAGUGGCGGUGUUAGGGCAUCCAGAUUUUCAGCUCAGUAUGGAGCUAAGGUUGGGAUUUGCGAGCUGCCAUUUCAUCCAAUCAGCUCAGAAGUGGUAGGAGGUGUCGGAGGAACAUGUGUGAUUCGUGGGUGCGUUCCUAAAAAGAUUCUGGUCUAUGGAGCAAGCUUUGGCCCUGAAAUUCAGGAUGCAAGGGAAUAUGGAUGGCAAGUGAAUGAGAAGAUUGAUUUUGAUUGGAAAAAGCUACUGCACAAGAAGACUGAGGAAAUACUGAGGCUAAAUGGGAUAUACAAGCGCUUACUUUCAAAUGCAGGAGUCAAACUGUUUGAAGGGGAGGGGAGAAUCGUGGGCCCAAAUGAAGUGGAGGUGAUACAAUUGGAUGGCACUAAACUGUCCUAUACAGCAAAGCACAUACUGAUAGCAACUGGUAGCAGGGCGGCACGUCCAGCUAUUCCUGGGCAGGAGUUGGCUAUAACCUCAGAUGAGGCUUUGAGUUUGGAUGAGUUACCAAAGCGCGUUGUUAUACUCGGGGCAGGGUAUAUUGCUGUUGAGUUUGCUUCAAUAUGGCGUGGGAUGGGCUCCACAGUGAAUCUAUGCUUCAGAAAGGAACUUCCAUUAAGGGGUUUUGAUGAUGAAAUGAGAGCUCUGGUUGCAAGAAAUCUGGAAGGAAGAGGCAUAAUUUUGCACCCACAGACUAACUUGACUCAGCUGGUCAAAACGGAGGAUGGCAUAAAAGUUACUACAGAUCAUGGUGAAGAAUUAAUGGCAGAUGCUGUACUUUUCGCCACUGGGCGGCUCCCUAAUACAAAGAGGUUAAAUUUGCAAGCAGUAGGUGUUGAAGUUGACAGUGCAGGAGCAGUGAAGGUUGAUGAGUUUUCUCGCACCAAUGUGUCUAGCAUUUGGGCCAUAGGUGAUGCCACCAAUCGGAUGAAUCUUACUCCUGUCGCCUUGAUGGAAGGGACUUUGUUCGCUAAAACAGUCUUUGGUAAUGAACCUAGCAAGCCUGACUACAGCAAUAUACCUUGUGCCGUUUUCUGCAUACCGCCUCUCUCUGUUGUUGGAGUAAGUGAAGAAGAGGCCAUAGAGAAAGCCCAAGGAGACAUUUUGGUGUUCACAUCAACAUUUAAUCCUAUGAAGAACUCCAUCUCUGGACGGCAAGAGAAGACACUCAUGAAGCUUAUCGUCAGCGCGGAGACCGAUAAAGUUAUCGGUGCAUCGAUGUGUGGGCCAGAUGCAGCCGAGAUUAUGCAGGGCAUCGCUGUUGCACUCAAGUGUGGAGCAACCAAAGCACAAUUUGAUAGCACGGUGGGAAUACACCCUUCAUCUGCCGAGGAAUUUGUGACUAUGCGAUCAGUCACGAGACGUAUUGCUGCAGCUGGUAAACCAAAGACCAACCUUUAAAACCCAAGAACAAGGUAAAAAGUUAGUUGUUUCUCACAACUCGCAUUGAUAGAAAAAAAACACAUGGGUAUACGUUCUUUUUGGUUCAGGACUCGCGACCAUUGAUUGUUGUUAGCGUAUGAAUAACGUGGAUUGGCUUUUUUUUUUCUGUUAUCUUUCGUAUGUGGUUUCUCGGGUUGUCUAGAAAAUCUUUGACAAAAACAUGGGAGACAAUAAACAAGUUUAUUGCUUUGAGUACGAAUUGUUACAACUGCUAUGGUCUUGUCCUUUUGA